AUUUAAGAUUUAGUUGGUAGUGUCUUGCUCUUUCUCUCUUAAAGUUUUGAUUUUUAAUUAACAUAGUGUGUCAUUAGUUGAGUUUUGAUUAAUAUUUGCUCCCAAGAAUGUUUGGAAUGGUCAGAAAUUGAGAUUCUGCUGUGAUUGGCUGCAAAAUCCUCCAAAAGAAUUGGUUUUUAUGUGGUUUUGAGGUUGCUUGAACUUAUAUUGAAUGUCAUUACUGAGUUCAUGAACUAGUUUGGAGUAUUUAUUAGCUGAUAUUAGUUUUAGCUAUGUAUACUUUUAGAAGUUGUGUUGAUAUGGUCUAAAUAUGCAUCAUUUGUUAGGUGGCGGGAUACAUAUGCGCUACUUUUUAACGAGAGGUAUAUGUGCUCUGAAUCACAGAGUUGAGGGGGUAUAUUUGCCCCUUUUCCUUUGAUUUAAAUUGGAAAGGACCUGUAGGAUUAGUUGUGCUUGCCAGUUGGAGGACUGAAGGUAAAAUUGGAUAAUUCUGGCAAGAGGGUGUAUCAUAAAGAGACCAAAGGUCUAUUUGAGUUGUUGUAAUGGUUUCCAUUAGAAGAGCAUUGUCCCCAGUGCCUCGUCCGGGGGAUAGAACUAAUGGGGAAGCAUGUUUUGUUUCCUCGCCAUUGUCAAUGUCAUCGUCCUGUAAUCAAAGUUAUACACCGCCUGAAGGGUUGAUGUCUUCUUAUUAUGGUUCCUUGGAUUAUGCAUUUUACAAAGUUCGGACAUUUCUACUUGUUCUUUUGUCGCGAAGAUCAUCUAGGCCCCUGGAGAAGUCAAAGUUAAAGGGUCAAAUUUGGAGGAAAGCAUUUCUCCAAUUCUUUAUAUGCUUUGUUGGUGGAGUUUUUAUUGGCCUCACUUCAUUUGUUUCUCUAAAUUUGUCACCAAAUACAAUGUCUAAACAUCAAGAUUUAUCCUUUGAGGUCUUCCACCCUUAUGAAAAUGACCGCUUAUUUGAUGAUGUGGACUCUAGAAAUAUGACAUCAACUUUAAACAGUUCGGCUUUCCUGGAUAAUGCUAUGUCAGAGCCUAACUUAGUAUACGAUGAAGUGAAAGAUGAUAUUGCUGUCAAUGCCUCUGUUAACCAAUCACUUGAUCAAGAAUUGAUAGUGUCCAGAAAACUUUUGAUCAUUGUGACACCAACAGAAGCCCGUUCAUUUCAAGCGUACUAUCUUAACCGUUUGGCCCACUCAUUAAAAUUAGUCCCACCUCCUUUGUUGUGGAUAGUUGUGGAGAUGGACUCUCAAUCAAUCGCGACAGCUGAUAUAUUGAGGAGAACUGGAGUUAUGUACAGGCAUCUGGUAUGCAAGAAGAACACAACUGAAGUGAAAAAUAACAAUGUGCAUCUAAGGAAUAUGGCACUAACACACAUUGAAACACAUCGUCUUGAUGGGAUUAUUUACUUUGCAGAUUAUUCCAACAUAUACUCCCUAGAUGUCUUUGAACAAAUGAGACAGAUCAGCCGCUUCGGGACAUGGAUUGUGGCAAGACUAGCUGAAAAUAAUAGGAAAGUUAUCUUGCAGGGUCCAAUAUGUAAUGGCUCUCAGGUUGUAGGUUGGCAUACAGAUGGAAUGGCGAAAAGAUUCCAGACAUUCUAUGCUGAAAUAUCAGGAUUUGCAUUCAAUAGUACAGUACUUUGGGAUCCAAAGACGUGGAACCGACCAACUCUAGAGCCCAUCAGGCAUCUUGAUAUGGUUGAAAGUGGCUUCCAAGUGAGAACAUUUAUUGAACAAGUUGUGGGAGAUGAAAGCCAAAUGGAAGGCUUUCCAAUGCACUGCUCAAGAAUUAUGGUUUGGCAAUUCAAUACGGAGCUGUUGUAUCCAUACCCUCAUGAGUGGUGGUCAAAGAAUUAUCCAGGCACUAUUGCUUCUAGCAUGUGAAGAUGCUGACAUAGAGAGUGCUUCUACGGCGUAAACAAGGGAGAACUAGUUAUGAUAAUGAGCAUCUGCUGCAAAACUUUAUCCCACCAUCAGCUAAGGGUUAAUUACAGGACUAUUUUCUCUGUCUUGAAUCCAUGUUGAAGUAUCUUGUUUUACAGAAACAAUUAUGUUCAGUUGCUGAGUUUAUCCCACUUUACACGUCUGUCUACCUAGUGGAAAGCCACAAUUAGCCAGGUGGUUUGCAAACUGAUUGGUGAGAAUUCAUGGCCAUCUACACAAAUGUAGAGUUUCAAGUAUCCAGCCAAUUCUUUUAGACUAAAGGUUUUCACUAUACAACCAACUUAAUGGUUCAAUAGAGGAUUCAACCUCAUUGAGCUUGCAGAUUAGUUGCUAGUCUUGUGCAUGUAUCGAUGUUUUACUUACCUUUACAAGAUUGGUUGUAAGGUUUUAUGUUUUCUUGAAAGUAAAUUGUGUACUAAAGGUAUCAUCUUUAUGGCUGAUAUUUUCAAGAGCAAAGAGAAGAGGUUUUCUUGAUUGUAAUACAGAAUACUCUAUGAACCAAUUCAGUUGAUGAUGCAAGUAAAAUUUCAUUCUUUUUGUGUUA